AUGGGAGGUGCAAAGAUUGUGUGAGAAGUAAAGCAAAAACUGCAGUUUGCGUCGUAAAUAUUGUGUUUUGUCACACUACAGCAAAGUUCAUCUUGCCUUUAUGAAGUAUACCUUGUUUUUAAACAAUAAAUUAGUCGUUGGACGUCAGGGUUUUGUUGGAACAGUUGAAAACAGAGCAGCACCGCCUUCUGGGAUCUUGUCUUCGACUUACGACCGUACUGCAGGACAACAGGUAAACACUAACGUUCAAAAUGGCGUUGGCAUUUGCGGAUAUUGCUGUAAUGGAGACAGUUCGUCUUCUCGACAAAGUCAGAGCAGAUGGACCCAAAGGAAAACCAGAGAUCAUUUCCCAAGAACCUCUCCAGUUCAAACCGGUACACAAAGUGAAAUCCAAAGAAACCAAACAACCAAAGACAGAUCCACUGCGAGUAUUGGACCCCGGCCGCAAGAAGCUGACCACUGUGGAGUCACAGCGUGUCCUGGCCGUACUGGAUGACAGUAUUAAACGCAUUGAAGUGGUAACAUUGCUUCCAUAUGUUACUGAGAACCUAGAAAGGUUUACUGCUGUGCUUGGUGCUGAAUUGGUGACAGCAAUACAAGAACAUACGAACAUGAAGAACUCUUACAACGAUGCGUAUAAUCAGUUGAUGGAAUUGAAUAAUCCAGAACGAUUAUCAACAUCACAAUCAAGUAAACGAUCAUUAGCGUCAUCGCAGAGGAGUGCUGAGGAUAGUCGAGCUUCAUCCAGACAAAGCAGUGGUAUUAAUGAGAACAAUGAAGGAAUUGAAGACACAGAAAGGAUCCUCUCUGAAGAAGAAGAACAGUUGUUUGAGACUUUUCACGUCUUAAAGAAACAGAUGGGUUUCUCCACUCGUAACAUCCUCCGUCUUCUGUCAUUGAACCCAGCUGCUGUGAACGCUGUCAGGGCUGAACGUCAAAGUAGAGAUCAAGAGUCCAGCAACCUUAUUACAUACAUGAAUGAGCUUCGAGGAUUUAUCUUAGAGCGAUUGCUGACAACCCCCCUUGAAGAGAAAGAGAAGACAGAUUAUUUGAUGCACAUCACGAUCCGUGAGCGUAAGAAUUCUCAAAUAAUAAAGAAACUCUCAGCAGAGCUCCAAGCUGCUGAGGAAGAGAAGGAUGCAGAGAUUUCUAAACGAAAUGAGGAAAUUCGUCGUCUAAAAGCUGAUUUGAACCAGAUUGAGAAGUUCUCAGAGGAACAUAUCCGCCGCACAAAGUCUGAAUCUGAGAAACAGCAGCAAGCAGACACCAAGAACUCUGAGGGCAAACAAGGCAAGCUGCAAGCUGACCUACAGGCCCUCAAGACACAACUUGCUACCAAUACAACGGAACACCGAGAGAGUGAACUAGCUCUAAGAAAGAGAAAGUACAAGAUAGAGACAGAAGUGGAGAAUUGGAUUCAGAAAUUCGACACAGACAUGGGUGAACGGCAGGAUGAGUAUGAGGAUCUGGACACUGUCUACACUGAAGAGAAAGCUCAACUGAAUGAACUGGAAGAACGCUUUACCACCUUGGAGACUGAAUACGUUACUAUCAUGGAGGAAAAGAAGAUAGCCCAGGAGAAGAAAGAGCGAGAGGAACGGGAGCUGGCUUUGAUGAUCAAAGGAGCUACAGUCAUUCAGUCAUUCUGGAGAUCUUAUAAAUGCCGUAAAGCUCUUAAGUCUAAGAAAAAGAAGGGAAAGAAAGGAAAGAAGGGAAAGAAAGGAAAAAAGAAGUAAAUGUACUAUUAAGAACAUUGACGAUGUCGCUAUUAAUUGGACUUCUGUACAAAUUAUUCAUUCUAAACAAGAGAAGAUGGAAAGCCAAGUUUCACAUGAAGUAGAAGACUUUGGUUAAUUUAUUCACACUUGAUAGAAAUUAAUUAAUGAGGGUUUUCUAACUUGAUCUAAGUAUGCUUUAUUGAGUCCAACAGAAGUCAACCCCUUUAUCUGUGCACUUGGAUAAAAUAGGCCUACAUGUCAUUGUACAAUACUCCAACCAUGUGUGAAUGAGCUUAUCAAAUUCAAGAAAAACCUGUCAGAUUAGGGGGUAAAAGUUAAUGAUAUUUUUUACAGGUUCAUAUACAUGUAGUCAAGUGUAUCAGGGCUGUCGGCCAUAAACAUUAGGAUGGUUUUACGUAUAAAGCAUGUUUUAACCUGAAAGUAGUUAACUACAUUAUAGUGUAUUGUACAAAAUCUUCCUGUGACACUCAUACCAAAAUGUAUAUUGUACUUAAAGACACUGGACACUAUUGGUAUUUGUCAAAGACUAGUCUUCACAGUUGGUGUAUCUCAACAUAUGC